GGAGGGGGAGGCGGAGGGACCAGCUCCUCAAGUUUCAGUAGUGAGGAGCUUUGAGUGUCUGGUGGGUUAAAAAUACUGACGCCCCAACUCAGGGUCAUUUGAUACGGCUGGCUGAGGCGUGUUAAAUCCAGGGGCCUGCACACAGGGAGCCUGGAAGGAAGGGGGCUGAGUAGACAGUAGAGUGAAGCACAGAGAGAGGAGGCUUAGAGAAGUGACGUAGGAGCUGAAGAGGUGAAGGGUGGAAAUGGAACCAGAAAGGGCCACCACCACUGGCGAGUGGUGACCACAUAGGAGGAGCUGAAGGGGCCAGGGUCACCACGGAGUCCCGUCUCAUUCCAAAAAUCCAAUUCAUAAUGGAAGAAAUCUAGUUCUCCAUUGUCUGCUCAGACAUUUACCUCUCCCCAAGAACCCUGCAGAGACAAGACACCAAGGCUGGAUCUCCUCAUGAACAGGCCUGCCCAUCCCUCCUGGGUGGCCUUUGCAGCCAGGGUCCUAAGCUCUGCCUGGCACAUCAGGCACUCUCCUGGGAGAUCAAGAGACAGGAUUUUGGGAUCUCCCCAACUCCAGUGCCAUGCUUGGGCUGUCUCUGGCGUCUCCUGCUCCAGGGACAGCUGUCCCUCUUGUACCCAUUCCUGCUAUGUUCUUAAGAAUGUUAAGUUAGCUGCAUAAGGUCUGCCCCAUGGCAACGGAAGAAGUUAUUCAGCUAAUGAAACUUCAUGUUUCUACCUUAGAUGCACAAUAAACACUAUCCUUCUAGAAUGAGAAAUAUCAUGCACAGGGGACAAGGAAGGCUGACUUUAAUGUGAUUUCUCCAUGAUAUCCCUUGAGCCUCAGUUUACCUAUAUAGUAUGAGCCCUAGAAGGCCAUAAAAGGGGUCUUGCUGGACAUUUAAAGCUAAAUUCAACUCUUCACCUCCAAGCUAGGAGCCUGAAAUUACAGCUUUCACACCUCCAGCUCUGCUUUGGGUCUCAGAUUCACAGACUUAAUCUACAGCCUUGGGUAAGGGCACAGGGCCCACCUCUUCCUGUUUACCUCAUGUUGAUUUUUCCCAUGUGUAUACCGGAUCAUCUGUGCCUUAUCAAAGACAUAGGAAUAAAUGGUAGCUAUUAGCUCUCUUUAGAAUCAUGCAACCUGGGGAAUCCUCUCAGCCCACCAUGUCCUAGAAACGGAGUCCCACAGGAUCAGGGCAGAGAACAUUCAGAGGAAGCAGCCAAGCAGCAGUCCCUUCCUCAAAGUGGUCCUCACACGCAGAGAAAGCCCAGGUCCACAUCCCUACAGGAUGGAGUAUGGGCCAGCCCUGUCCUUCCCCCUGCAUUCCUGAGUUAGGACUGUUGAGUGAGGCAAAGGAAACAGACUGGAGCUGAGCCAGGUCUCUGGUCUUGGACUCCACUCCAUCUUUUAUUCAGAGAGUGAUCUCAUCCUUGGUCCACGUUCUUUAAAGGGAACUGCAGGGGGUUUCUUUCCUGGAGCCUGGAAUGCACUUUUAUGCCCCCCCCCCCUCCAUAAGAUCAAAGAAAUAGACUUUACCUAUAGACGAUCGCCAGAUUUUACGAGUCAGAAGAAAUACCACGUUUCCCCCCACCCCCAUUUCAUCUUGUAUUUUCAGUUUAGCCUCUGACCCAAACUCCUCUUCACCUACAUUUCUUUCUGAUUAGCCUUGUCCUACCCUGGGAUCCCCGGUUACCCCUACACCUCCCCUCCUCCAGCCCCGGCUUCACUUACCCCUAACUCAUCUGAUCUUAUUUUUAGAUCCGGCAUCUCUCCCUUUCUCUUUCUUAAUAUGGCGAUGAGCUCUUAGGCCCGCGUGGGGCCAGGGGCUGAGGAGCCCUGGACACUGGGGGAGGGGGAAGGAAGGAGCUGUUGGGAGCCUAGGGAAGAGGUGUAGGAGGCGGGAGGAUUCAGGCUCUCAUGGAGCUGUCCUGGCCUCAGAAGGUUAUCCAUCUCUCCUGCCAACCACAGAGACAUAUUUAGACAGGACCAGGUGGGGACGGAGGGGUGCCAAUUUCAAGGGGCAGCUCCGGUUCCCUGCCCGCCCCUGCCCCGUCCCUCCUCCUGACCCUUUUUCACUUGGCCCUAUCGGCAGGCAGUUUCUCCGGGACCCAGCAGUGUCCUCUGUCCACUGCUCUGGCCCACUCCCUACCCCACCCCCACCUGGAGCCCCUAACUCAGGAUUCUGUAUCCAGGGGUACCUCCCUGUCUCAGCUAAACCUCCUCUGAACCAGGAGAGCAGACCCAGAUCCCACUACCUUCAUGAGAGCUACCGACAGGAUGGGGGCCAGGGCAGUGGCCAAGCUGAGGCUGGCACUGCUGUUUGUACUGGUGCUAGGGACACCCAAGUCAGGGGUCCAGGGGGAGGAAGGGCUGGACUUCCCUGAAUACGAUGGUGUGGACCGUGUGAUCAAUGUGAAUGCAAAGAACUACAAGAAUGUGUUCAAGAAGUAUGAGGUGCUGGCCCUCCUCUACCAUGAGCCCCCUGAGGACGACAAGGCCUCCCAAAGACAGUUUGAGAUGGAGGAGCUAAUCCUGGAGUUAGCAGCCCAAGUCCUAGAAGACAAGGGUGUUGGCUUCGGCCUGGUGGACUCUGAGAAGGAUGCAGCUGUGGCCAAGAAACUAGGACUAACUGAAGAGGACAGUGUUUACGUGUUUAAAGGAGAUGAAGUCAUCGAGUAUGAUGGCGAAUUUUCUGCGGACACUCUGGUGGAAUUUCUGCUUGAUGUCUUGGAAGACCCUGUGGAAUUGAUUGAAGGUGAACGGGAGCUGCAGGCAUUUGAGAAUAUCGAGGAUGAGAUCAAACUCAUUGGCUACUUCAAGAGCAAAGACUCAGAGCAUUACAAAGCCUACGAGGAUGCAGCUGAAGAGUUUCAUCCCUACAUCCCUUUCUUCGCUACCUUCGACAGCAAGGUGGCAAAGAAGCUGACCCUGAAGAUGAAUGAGAUUGAUUUCUAUGAGGCUUUCAUGGACGAGCCUGUGACCAUCCCAGACAAACCCAACAGUGAAGAGGAGAUUGUCAACUUCGUGGAGGAGCACAGGAGAUCGACUCUGAGGAAACUGAAGCCUGAGAGUAUGUAUGAGACCUGGGAGGAUGAUCUGGAUGGAAUCCACAUUGUGGCCUUUGCAGAGGAAGCUGAUCCUGAUGGUUACGAGUUCUUAGAGACUCUCAAGGCUGUGGCUCAAGACAACACCGAGAACCCUGACCUUAGUAUCAUCUGGAUUGACCCUGAUGACUUCCCACUGCUGGUUCCGUACUGGGAGAAGACGUUUGACAUUGACUUGUCAGCUCCACAAAUAGGAGUUGUCAAUGUCACAGAUGCGGACAGCAUAUGGAUGGAGAUGGACAAUGAGGAGGACCUGCCUUCUGCUGAGGAGCUGGAGGACUGGCUGGAAGAUGUGCUGGAGGGUGAAAUCAACACAGAGGAUGAUGAUGAUGACGACGAUGACGAUGAUGAUGAUGACGAUGACGACGAUGACGAUGAUUAGUUGCUGUGGCAACCACCUACCAGCCCCACUUGCUCUUUACAUGUACCUUCCUACCAUCCACGCACUUCCCUGAGCUCCUUGAGACACUAGGUCAUUCUCUACUAUAGGGCCAACUGUGGUCUAUAUACAGGGUGCUUGAGGUCCUGGUGUCCCUCGCUGACGAGAAAAGGAGCAGCUUUUCCUGAGAUACCAGCUUUCAUCUUUCUCACUUCUUAUCCUAUACCUUCUCUGAUCUGUUUCUCUAUUACUCCCCAUACUUUCUGAUUCUCUUGCCCUCUCUUCUCUGUCCCUCCUAUCAACACAGUCUCCCACUUUUCAAAUCUUAAACCUUUCUGACUGUCCUGACCCUGGCCAGGAGGAAGGAGGUACUGUGUUCAGGGAUAUAUCUCACCUAUCUUUUGUUAAUGUAUUUGGGUCAAACACAAGGCCUUAAUAAAGAGAUCUGGGGCAGAAUGA